AUGGCGGUUACGAUUCGCUCGGCCACCAAAGAUGACCUACCUCAGAUCCGGGAGAUCUUCGAGCAUUACGUGCUGAACACGGUUGUUUCGUUCCUGGUACAGAAGCCGCCGUCGAACUACGUUACCUCUCGAUUCCAGGAAAGCUGCGCUCGUAAUCUUCCAUAUCUAGUUGCCGUCGAUGAUCAGGGCCACGUCUUUGGCUAUGCAUAUGCGUCAGCCUUCCGUGGCUUCAUGCUCGGAUAUGGACACACGGUCGAAAUCAGCCUCUUUUGCCACCCGCAGCACACGAACAAGGGCAUCGGAAGCCAGAUGAUCAGGCAGCUUAUCGCGUUGCUCCGUACCACUAAACACCUGACCCGCGAGGCCGGUCACGAAGACAGUCCUGUCGAAUCCGACGUGAAGAAAGUGAUGGCUAUCAUGGCUGUCGACGAGACCGCACCUGGACAGGGUUUGGCGCUGCGAGACUGGUAUAAGAGAUGGGGAUUUCAAGAGACUUGA